AUGGUUUUGUGCACGGCCGGCGCAGAACUUCGUACAAGACGGAGAGACGUAACGGUGGGUGCAACGAGCGACCCGCCCACCGCAUGGCUUAGCAGGUAUGAUGCCUGGGAUCCCAAACAAACUUUCGACACUGGACAUGCAGUAGGGGGUCUUUCGGAAAGAGCCCACAGUCAUGAAUAUGGGAAUGUUCUGGGCGUCAUCGAUAUCCUCCUGCAGCGCUACCGUGGCUUCACGGCAUUUUCUCAGCUCUCCCCGAACCGACCCAGCUCAUGGUUGGUAUUGCGGCCGAUUUCUGCGUCUGCAACAGUGGGACAUGUCCGCUCCAAAGCUAGGGUUUAA